CUGACUAUGGCUGGGCAGCAAUGGCAGAGUCUCCAGCCCUGCUGAGUGCAGGGAAGCCCAUGAUAAGAGGAUCUGCUCUGCCAGGACAGCUUUUCACUCACAACUUCAACCUCUUGUAGGUUUGCUUUGCAGGGAAAUCUCUCUCACACCAAGAUGUCUUGCUACGACCUGUGCCCACCAAAAACCAGCGUUGCCGUGCCCCAGCCCAUCGCUGAGAGCUGCAACGAGCUGUGCGCGCGCCAGUGCCCCGACUCAACGGCCUUCAUCCAGCCACCGCCCGUCGUCGUCACCUUCCCCGGCCCCAUCCUCAGCUCCUUCCCCCAGCAAGCCGUGGUGGGCUCCUCCGGAGCACCCGCCUUUGGGGGCUCCCUGGGGCUGGGGGGCCUCUAUGGCGCCGGGGCCACUCAGGGCUCGGGGGGCCUCUGCACCUUUGGCAGACCCUACACUUCUCCUGCCUGCAGCCCCUGCCCCUUGCCCCACUACAGCAGGAAGCUCUGGGACACCUGUGGCCCCUGCUAAACUCAGGCCCUGCCUGCUCCCAGCAUCACCAGCAUUCCAUCGUGCUCAAACUCCUGGGCCUGGAGUGUUGAGGAGUGCUGGGCAUCUCUAGCUACGGCUGAGGCCUGAGCAG